AUUCUGCAUACAUUUCCUCACGUAUCCUUGUACACGUAGAAUAGAGGUUAUAAGGGCUGGAAGAUGUUCCGAAAUACCCUUAGAACAUUUCCUCGUCCGGCGACUCCGUCGCUCCCUACAUCAUCUCAUUCACCCAUCGCCCGGGCCUCUCUAUCCAAAAGUCCUCUUUUUGUCCUCUCGCUCGUCCUCGUUUGCAUUUUCUUCCUCUCUUUCCUCUCCCACCCCGAUCCGUCAGCACGCAAAUUGCAAUGGCCCGGACUCUUUCCUUCUCCUUCACCAUCGGUGAUACAUACCAAGGACCUCUUCUUGGAAAGGGCGCUUAAUGCGACAUCAGAAGCGUUUAGAGAGAUCUGUCCUUCGGCCGGGGAUCCGGUGCAUCUGGACCCUGAUUUGACGGAAGCGCAGAAAAAGAGAUAUCUCCCAUUGAAACGAUCCAAAAGGGGGAGAUACCUUUUAGUCACAAAUACGAGGCAGAUCGAAGCUCAUCUUCCCGAUUUGCUGAAUACUCUAAUUGUUCUGCUGAGGUAUCUCGCCCCCGAGCACUUGGCGGUAUCCAUUCUGGAAGGACCUUCCAGCGACUGCACCCAAAAAGCGAUUGAACAAGUCCUCAAGCCCAUGCUGGACGACCAAGGUCUCGAAAGCGCUUGGACAAGAAUCGAAACAGGGGAAAGCAAGAUUGACUGGGGAAAGCAUAAUCGAAUCGAGAAGAUUGCAGAGCUGCGUAAUACGGCACUUGCACCGUUAUGGCAAGGAGAAGGCGAUCAAAAGUGGGAAGACGAGAUUGAAGCGGUCGUCUUUUUCAAUGAUGUAUACUUACAUGCGGCGGACAUCCUGGAAUUGGUUUAUCAGCAUGUGAAGAAUGGGGCCGGGAUCACUACUGCCAUGGAUUGGUGGAAAAAGAGACCAGAGUAUUAUUAUGAUGUCUGGGUAGGACGAACUAUCGACACGGGCGACUUAUUCUAUCCUAUUGACAACCCCUGGUGGUCCCCAUCCUCGGACCUAUUCCCUAACUCCCCUAACUCCCGUAACGCCUAUUCCCGCCUCGAACCAUUCCAAGUCUUCUCAUCGUGGAACGCUCUCGCCGUCUUAUCGCCUAAACCUUUCCUUCCUCCUCAUAAUGUCCGUUUCAGGAGAGGCGAUGUCGAAAAGGGAGAGUGUGCAGCAAGUGAGUGUACGUUGAUCGCCACUGAUUUUUGGAAAGCUGGGUUUGGGAAGGUGGCGGUCGUUCCUAGUGUUCAGUUGGCGUACGAGAGGGAUGUAGCAAAGGACAUCAUUGAAGAUGUGGGAAAACAAAAGGAACAAUUGGGAUGGAUUGAUGGUGUCCCUCCUGAACAUCUGGACGACAAGAUUGAAUGGAGCACAAAACCUCCUAAAAAGGUCCGGUGUCAUCCUUGGCCAGAAGUUAACGGGUUGAGUGCAAAUGUCUGGGAAGAGACGAGAUGGGUACAGCCCUGGUUAGAAUGAUCUGUUUAUACUAUACAACGCUGUUGUAUUAUCGGCGACAGAACCGUGUACUGCCUGUUGCCCAACCAAAUAUUCAAAUCCGAGUUUGUACAUACAUACAUUAUAGCAUCUAGU